AUGGGUGUAUGUUGCAGUUCAUGGGUGGUUGCCAGUAGAGGAUCGAGUAAGAGAAGUUUUUUGACACCAAUGGGAUGCGCUACCUACAAAACAGUGGCUGAAGCAAACAAAAUGGUGAGUAGGUGCGUUCUUCUUCUCUUGGUGGUCUUGGCCAUGGAAGGGGUUUACAUAAUUGAACAACCUUCUUCAUCGCUCUUGCUACUACAUGAGCGCAUGGUUUGGUUUGUAGACUUGAUGGAGGAGCUGGGCAUGAAGAUGUUCCGGCAGACAUUUUGGAUGAGAGCUCUUGGUCAUCCUACACCAAAGAGAUCGAUUGUGCUAUCGAACUCAACUUGGAUUUCAGAACUAUCCUUCGCUUCCAGGAUGCGAGCGGCCAAGUUGAAGUCUGAGCUGAAAACCACUGACAAAUACACUAGUAAAGCAGGUGUCAAGAGAUUCAAAGGCAACAAGAACUUAAAGGGAACACAGCUCUUCGCUCCUUCCAUUCAACCCCAUAACAUGCUCAUGUGGGGCCAUGUCUUGGGCUUGAAGCUGCAUGCUCCAAAUGAGGUGGACCCCCAUGACUUCAAAAAGACCUACAAGGCUUUGAACUGGGGUGACCGCUGGUGCGAUGCCGGCAUGCCAGAGGUAGUUGCCUACUUGAGAGGAUCCAAGCUCCUGGAAAUUCCCAGGGAUUGGAGGGAAUGCCUGCCUGCAGAGUUGUAA